UUCUACUUUUGGGAAAGAGGAAAAAGUGAACAGCGAGGACGAAAUUUGGACAAAGCUCUUGAUUUUCCAAAGUUUUGUGCCGCUGCAGUUUUAUCCGAGCCAUCCAUUCCUCUUUCGUGAACAAUUCUUUGACUUUGGGGAGGCGAAAUUCGAACUCAAUGGAGUGUGAACUGGAGGUUUUGAAAGAAAAGGUGUCACGAGGUGGGGAUCGAUCCAAUUUAACCGCAACAACCUCUCGUGAUCGCUUUGAUUCCAGCAGAAGACUCGCUCGGCUCGGCACCACGAUCAGCCUCCUCGAGCUGGACAAAAAUGUUAUGUUUGUGUUCGAGCAUCCGUUUCACACAGCUCUUUCGUUCCAAAAGGCAGGGAAUCUCGACAGUACCCAAAAGAAGGUUGCGAGAAAACAAGCUUCGAGAACUUCCCCAGUUGUCUUGCAACAACGGGAGCCAGCAGCACUAGCAGUUGCUCCACCAGCGCAGAGGAUCGAAAGGAGCGAUGGUCUGUGCAGGCAGCUGGUUCAUCCAUACAGCUACGACUGCCAGGAGUACAUGGUGACAACGGAGGACAGUUUUCUUCUUGGUGUCCAGAGGAUCAAGAGUCCAAAGUCUCCUGCAAGCCGAGGCCCUGUCUUCUUGUAUCAUGGAGUUCUUAUCGGUGGUGAUAUCUGGGUGCUCAAUCCUCCCUCUGAAUCUUUGCCAUAUAUCCUCGCAGAUGCCGGUUAUGAUGUGUGGCUUGGAAACACGCGCACUACAAGCUUCAGUUACGGCCAUGUUUCUUACAGGAGAAGCGAUCAAGGCUUCUGGGACUGGAGUGUGGAUGAAUUGUCACGGUAUGACCUCUCUGCGAUGAUCAAGCAUACGUAUGCCGUCACUGGCAGGCAGAUCAAGUUCAUUGGGUAUUCCGAGGGAACACAAGCAGCAUUUGCAGCAUUCUCUCAAGGCCAAUUGGUAGAAUACAUCGAGAAGGCAGUAAUGCUCGCUCCCAUCGCUUAUCUACACCAUUUUACUUCACCUAUCGGACUUGCCGGCAUAGCCAUACAACUUGAUAAGAUUUAUGACGCUCUUCAUAUCUAUCAGUUCAGCCUCACCUAUCGCUCACGGACUGGAAAGCAGCUCCUGGAUUACCUCUGCCCAAACAACAUCAACUUCUGCCAGAAGAACUGGAUCACACUUCUCACUGGGAACAAUUGCUGCUUGAACAACAGCCGAUGGGAAUUCUACGACAACUACGAGCUCCAAGACACCUCCGCCAAGAACAUGAAGCACUUCGCACAGCAGUACCGUACGCAGACCUUCUGCAAGUUUGACUAUGGCGCGACCGAGAACUUCCGGCGGUACCGGUCAAAGUCGCCGCCCUCGUACGACUUGACCGGCAUCCCGAGUCAACUCCCCUUGCUCCUCAUCAACGGCGGGCGUGACGCGCUCUCGGAUCCAACGGACGUGGAUCGCCUAAUCGCGGAGCUCCCCUCGCGCCCACAGCACCUCUUUAUUCCCGACUAUGCCCAUUUUGAUUUCGUGCUUGGCCUCAAUGCCAAGGACAAGGUGUACGGUCGGGUACUCUCCUUUUUCGCUGGGUGACACGUGGCACCCUGUGAAGGCUUUUCGUUCUCCCGCGGCUGCGCCAGGAAGUGUGAGACUUUCUUUGUUUGCAGAUCCUUCGAGGGGAUCUACUGGGAGUUGCCAGUUUCUCUGGCGAUCUGGAGUGAGAUAAUCGGCUCCAUCUUGCUGCAAUGGAGGAACCGAUUCAAACAUGUUUGUGGCCACUGAAAUGUAGCUCCUGUUACUUUUUGCUC